AUGGAUAAUAUGAUACAUGUUGAUGAUGAAGACACGUGGAAGUCCGUUAUGCCCGUCUAUGGACCAGCUGCCGGAGUCACUUUCCUUGUCGCCGCCGGCUCAUUUUUGUAUUUCGGAUACAAAAUGUACAAAAAACACAAAGCCCGCCAAGCAGCGAUCGCCGAAUCGAAACGACAAAACGAGGAGAAUCGAGAGAAUCAUGAGGCGAUGAGACAAGAAAGAGAGCAAAGUCAACCGAGAGAUAUGCCGAUUGAAAUGCAAACUUUCUAA